GUUGACAGGACUCAGAGACAGACAGAACAGGGUGCUGUUUGCAUCAGUGAAGUUGCUGUAGUCAGCUCUGCGCCCUCACGCUAAAACAGAAAAGAAAAUAACUGAAUGUGGAGUAGAGUAGAAUUUUCAAGCCUAUAGAUUUAACAAAGUAUUUCAGAAAUAUUAAAGGAGACUGUUGCUUAGUUAAAACAAAAUUGAAAGUUAAAGUCAACAGAACACGAGAGGAAGCAAAAGCUGCAGAGCAUAAAUUCACAUCAGAGAAGCAGAGAAGACAUUUGUUCACGUGCAGAACAAACAUCAGGAGCUUUUCAUUUCAGCUUGGCAACCACAUUUCAUCCUGCAGUAAUUCAGUACAGUGUAGCUGUUGCUUGCACCCCAGGGGACCCAGCAGUAUGCUUCUAUACGCGAUAGUCGUGCUCAUGCUCCCUUCUUUAACCUGUGGAAAAAAUCCCGCCAUACAAGUCAUUCUGAAUGACAAAGGACUUCAGUACGGAAAGCAUGCAGGUACUGACUGGAUUCAGAGGAACUUGAAGAAGGUGACUUUACCUGAAAUCGGUGGCAGCAUCUUGGGCAUAGACUACACACUAUCAGGCAUUAAAAUAGCAAAGUGUGACCUUCCAGAGCCGUCUGUUAAGUUGUAUCCAGGCGCCACAGGAGUCAAGACAUCCAUGUCAGGCCUCAGUGUUGCACUAACUGGUGACUGGACGACACACCUUGGCAUAAUACAUGACGGGGGAACAUUUGACAUGGCUAUGUUUAGUGUGAAUGUCAUCUCUGUAGUGGAGCUGGGGAAAGAUACCAAUGGGCAUCUGUCUGUCUCCAGUGUCAGCUGUGAUGCUCAGGUUGGAGAUGUGGACAUAGAGUUCCAUGGUGGAGCCAGUUGGUUGUUCCAGCCUUUUGUGGACUUCUUCAAGGGGCAUAUCAGCAGUAUAAUACAGUCCAAUAUUUGCCCUAAUGUGGAAAAUAUGAUUUCAAACUUGGAGCACCACCUACAGGCCAUGAACGUUUCCAUUGAUGUGGAUCAAGCUCUUACUCUUGACCUCUCCCUCACCGGCUUACCCAUCAUUGAUGUUUCAAGUCUGAAUCUGGGUCUCAAGGGAGAGUUCUACAGCAUUAAAACUCAUGCUGAACCUCCAUUUGAGGCCCAACCUUUCAAACUGAGUGAGCAGCAAGGCUACAUGUUGUCACUGGGUCUGUCUGAAUUCACUUUGAACUCUGCGUCGUACGGAUACUACUCAGCUGGAAUAUUUAAGGUCCUCAUCAAUGACAGCAUGAUACCUCCGUUCUCUCCUGUGCACCUGAACACCAGCUCAAUGGGACGCUUCAUUCCUCAGCUUCCCCAGAUGUUUCCAGGUCUGCUGAUGGAGCUGCAGGUUUAUGCCAGAGAGGUCCCAAUGUUUUCCAUCCAGCCUGCUGCUGUUAGACUGGGCUUCCAGGGCGCCAUCAAGGCCUUUGCCAUCCAGCGAAAUGGCACCAAGACCCCACUGUUCAAACUCAAUGCCGAUUCAAAAUUCAGCAGUAAAGUGUGGAUUUCUAAUGGAAAAUUGACCGGCUCUGCUUCAAUGGACAAUUUUACACUGACGCUGGUGGCAAGUGAAAUAGGAACCUUUAAGACUGAUUCUUUGGAAAAAAUUGUGAAGUUGGGAAUUAAGACGGUAGGCUUGGAGAAACUGAAUGAGAAACUGAAAAAAGGUGUUGAUUUACCCAGAAUGAAACACGCACAGCUGGUCAACUCAGUUCUGAAAGUUGGAGUGGGAUUUAUAGCCCUCUUUUCAGAUGCUAAGGUGUUGCUAAGCGACAGAGGCUCCAACCAACAGACAAACGGGCCCGUGUAACUCUGCUACAUCAAACAUGAUUCUCAAACUUUAAACCAGUAAACAAAUCAUUUUUUGUUAUUCAUAAUUUACACAUGUACAGCCAUCAUAUGAAAUCAUUUCUGAUUAAAUCUGCAGUUCAGCUUCAUGAAUGUUUGAAUUUAAAUUAAAAUCCAAUUAUUUUUUUUCCCUACAUGACAAAAAAUAAAAUUAAAUAUUUUUAAAUGCA